AUGGUUUGGGGGAAUUGGACAAUAGUCAAUGAAUUUGUUCUUGUGAGCUUCUCUGCCCUGCCCCCUGAGCUACAGAUUUUACUGUUCCUGUUGUUUCUGAUCAUUUAUUUUGUCACUUUUAUGGGCAAUGUCCUUAUAAUCCUGGUCACUACAGCUGAUUCUGCCCUACAUAGCCCCAUGUACUUCUUCCUCAAGAACCUGUCCUUUUUAGAAAUUAGUUUCAACAUAGUCAUUGUCCCCAAGAUGCUAAGUACCUUGCUGACCAAAGACACAACUAUCUCUUUUCUUGGCUGUGCAACACAAAUGUAUUUUUUCUUCUUCUUUGGGGCUGCUGAGUGCUGUCUCCUUGCCACCAUGGCCUAUGACCGCUAUGUGGCUAUCUGUGACCCUUUACGUUACCCAGUCCUCAUGGAUCAGAAAGCUUGUAUUCAGCUGGCUGCUGCCUCUUGGUUCUCUGGAUUUCCUGUAGCCACAGUACAAACAACAUGGAUUUUCAGCUUCCCAUUUUGCGGUCCAAACAGAGUGAAUCACUUUUUCUGUGACAGCCCUCCGGUAAUUGCAUUGGUCUGUGCUGACACCUCCCUAUUUGAACUGGAGGCACUGACAGCCACAGUUUUAUUUAUUCUCUUCCCCUUCCUGCUGAUCUUGGGAUCCUACGUUCGAAUCCUCUCCACUAUCUUCAGGAUGCCCUCAGCAGAGGGAAAACAUAAAGCUUUCUCUACUUGCUCUUCCCAUCUAGUUGUUGUCUCCCUCUUUUAUAGCACUGCCAUCCUCACCUACUUCCGUCCCAGAUCCAACACCUCACCUGAGAAUAAGAAGCUGCUUUCACUGUUCUACACAGUGGUGACUCCCAUGUUAAACCCUAUAAUAUACAGCCUGAGGAACAAUGAAGUGAAAGCUGCACUCCAACGAACCCUCCGAAAAGUCAUCAUCUCCCAGAGAUUAUGA